CAAUAUAGUUCUCAUGUUACAAAGCAAUGCCUGCGAGCGGAUUAGUUCUGUGUGACCUGACCCACUUGCUCUUCGGUUUAUAUUUCGUGUGCAUUUAGAAAUGUGCAUUUCCCCCGAGUUCUUCAGCCCAGAAAGACAAAAGAAAUGAUGCACAUCCUAGCUGGGGAAUAACGUGUACCAAAGGUUACCACAAUUUUAGCUGCGCAAUUAGUAAUGACUGGAUGUUUCGGUAACUACAAAAAGACAUUUCACUCAUUACAAAAGUGAAGAGCUGAUACUCUCAGCAGUGGAGACGAGCUGGAGACAUGGAGACCUCAAGUCAUUCAAACAGACGAUGGCGUCCAGCCAGCAACGUCAACACCCAGAGAGACCUGCAACGCUCGGUGCCUAGCGACGAGCAGCAGAUCCCCCCUCACGACGACAGUGAUGUGCAGGCCGAGGAAAGAAGAGGCGGCCUCCGACGUCUGGUCACGUGUUGUCUCAUGUGGGACCACUGCUUCAUCCUCUCUUCUCUCAUCGCCGUGGGUAUCGGGUUUGCCGCAGGCUUUGCCCUGUAUUAUAGUGGUGCGCCGUCCAGCGCCCUGGUGUGGGUCGGUCUGCCAGGCGAAUUGUGGAUGCAGAUGCUAAAGGCAGUCGUUCUCCCUCUUAUCAUCAGCAGCAUCAUCACAGGUACAGCAGGGCUGAAGCCCAAGGACAACGGGAGGGUGACAGGUGUCGCCCUAAGCUACAUCAUCGCAACCAAUGUCAUGGGCGCGAUCUUCGGCACAGUUCUCGCCGUGGCCAUCAAACCAGGUGUCAGAGACACGGGCACUGUUGACACCAGCACCAAGGUCCAGACAGAUCACUUGGAAACCGCAGACCUCUUCGCCGACCUGAUCAGGAAUCUAGUUCCAGACAACGUGGUCACAGCAUGUUUCGAGAAAGUUCAGACCCGCUACAGACCCAAGAGCAUACGGCCCGGCUCCAACAUCACACAGUACGAGAGGUACCUGGGUACCUCCAGCGGAACCAACAUUCUGGGGUUGGUGAUCGUUUCAACAUCUCUGGGCAUGGCUGCAGCACAAAUGGAGGAAGUAGCCAGGCCGUUUCUCAAAUUCUUUCAAUCUACCGCCGAGGUGUUGGUCCGCCUGAUUCAAUGGAUCGUCUGGAUGACCCCUGUCGGUGCGGCCAGUCUCAUCGCCAAGGCCGUGGGCGGCACGCAGGACGUGGAGGCCACAUUCAGAGGUCUGGGCUUCUUCGUGCUGGCUGAAACAUCCGGGAUCCUGGCGCUGACCAUCGUACUGUCCAUCAUCUACGUCAUCUUCCUGCGCCAAAACCCGUUACCUUUCGUGGCCAGCACGUCGAGGGCGAUCACCGCUGGCUUCGCUUCUGCGAGCUCCAUCGUGGCCAUGCCCGAGAUCAUUCGUUGCGUGGAGGACCGCCAUAAGAUUGAUCCGCGCAUCUCGCGCUUCGUCGUGCCAUUGGCUGUCGCUCUCAACCGCGACGGCAGCGCCCUCUUCAUCGCAAUGACUUCCCUUUACAUCGCACAGGUGAACGGAGUGGCCCACGUCGGCACUGCCGUCAUGAUCACGAUUCUCUCUGCGAUUGGUUCUCUGGCGAUCCCUGGAGUGCCCAGCGCCAGCAUUGUGACCAUUCUCAUGAUCUGCGCCUCGCUGGACAUCCAGCCAGCAAACGUCGGCAUCAUCAUCGCCCUCGAGUGGUACUCAGAUCGUCUGCGCGCUAUCCCCAACAUGCUCAGUCACUGCGUCUGUGCCGUGCUCACCUGGCAGUUCUGCAGAUCCUCGCUUCUACCUGAAGUCGACCAGGUGCGCCAGAGUAAAGCAGAAACAUCCAGGAACAGCAACAGGGAAUCAUUUUCCGAGACAAACAUUUAAAGUCUGGUAAUCGUCACCAUAGUAACAAGUGAUUCGUCUCACGAAGGAAGCUGGUGGCACCAGCGUAACGAGCUACACACAUUGUGACACCUUCACUGCCAGUAGUGAGAGACAAAACACCAGAACAACUGGGUCACAAAAUUUACCUGAUGUUUUAAGGUCAUGUCAGUUUAUACCUGUGAUAUGAUCUUAAUAACUGAUACAUUUCUCGUUCAUUGUCGGACAUAUCAAAGCCUCAACAACUGCUUUUUGAAAAAAAAGUUAAAAGUUGGCUAGUUACAUUGUAAUAAUGGCUAAAAACGAAAUGUGAAAUUCUUUGCAGGAUGAAAUGAAUAGCAAUAAUUUUAGCUCACAGCUCAUAGUUUUUGAUUCUCCUGAAAUCUUAGAUACCAAAUCUGCAUGCAAGUUGUUAAUUCAAGAAGUAAGAGGACCAUGGAAUCUCUAUUAUACUGAACAAGUGCUUUUCUUUGGUGUAAUCGUAUUUUUUGUUUUAUAAAACUCAUGUUUAUGAAAUAAAAUAAAUAAUCCAGAAAUUGUAAAA